AUUCGUCUUGAUCCACACCCACAGACCUUCACCAAGGAUCAACAAUGUUCAAGAAGUUCAGCCCAAAAGAGGACGUGUCCUCGUCGACCUCGCUCAAGUCGAGCGUGCAGCGCAACAUCCGCAACAACCUGCUCGAGCAGCUGCCUCUGCUCACCAAGCCAGCGUACAGGGAAGGCAAGGCAUUGGAGCCCGCGCCUGCUGAGCCUGCUCCCGUCGCGGCACCUGAGCCUGUCGCCGCGCCCGAGCCGGAGGAGGACGAGGGCAAGGGCAAGAAGGGAGGCAAGGGCAAGGGCGGCGGCGGUGGCAAGAAGGGCGGCAAGGGCAAGGGAGGCAAGAAGGACAAGGAGGAGGAGGCCGAGCCCGCAGCUGCCGAGGACGAGGGCGAGGCGCUGCUCAUCGACGAGAUCUGGCCCAAGAAGGAGGCUCUGGGUCUGACCAAGUGCCACGACAGGAUAAGCAUCUACACUGUCAACCAGGUGCCGCUCUUCUUCAACCACUUUGACGGGCCGUUUGUCCCCACGCUGCGCCUGCUGCACCGGUACCCGGACCUGCUGCCGCAUGUGCGCGUGGACCGCGGCGCGAUCAAGUUCCUGCUGGCCGGCGCGAACAUGAUGGCGCCCGGCUUCCUCUCGGCGGGCGGAUACCUGCCCGACGGGCUGGAGAAGGACGCCAUCGUCGCCAUCCACGCCGAGGGCAAGGAGCACGCCACGGGUAUCGGCAAGAUGACCAUGAGCUCGGACGAGAUCCGCAAGACGGGCAAGGGUAUUGCCGUCGAGGUCAUCUGCUGGAUUGGCGACGACCUGUGGAAGGUGCACACUAUCGGCCUUUAGAGCGGUUGACGCGUGAGACGACACUGGACAUGAUGCAUCACAUGAGG